UUGCACACUGACCUUGCGGCGACGACACCUACACUCGCAGCCCGGAGACAGGUCCCGCUACUACGCGCUGACGAAAGGAGGAAGGCGUGGGGAUCCUGCCGGCUGCGCAGCACAUAAUUACGCAUGCGGUGGAGUUCAGUUGCCGCCGCGAAGCCGCGCUGUGCCCUUCGCUGCUUGAGUGCAUUCGACUCCCGAUCAGCCUUCCAGGAAUCGUACGGACAAUGCCAGACCUGCAAGGAAAGGUGGCCGUGAUAACGGGUGCUUCAUCAGGAAUCGGGGAAGCUACGGCAGUGCGUUUCGCCUCCCAUGGCUGCUGGCUUGCGCUGACUGGAAGGAACAAAAAGGCCUUGGAAAGCGUGGCUGAGGCGUGCUGCGCGAAGGGGAUCUCACAAGACAAGGUGCUUGUGGUACCCGGCGAUAUCACAGUCGAGGAGGAUAUUGCGGCUAUAGUGGAAACGACAGCCAAGCAUUUUGGAAAAAUUGACAUACUGGUGAGUAUGACGCCUCAUAAUUUGAAUUAG